ACAGCGCUCCAUGGCCGCCCAGGUGACACCGGCCUCCGGCCCCAGUCUUGGAGGAACGCCGCCCGCCGCCAGUCCCGAGUUGAAGAAGAGCCCGGGGGAUCCCCCUCCCUCCUCGGUCGAACCCCAAGCUGAGGUGCCGGGUCAGUCCCCAACAGACUCCGACCCGCCCGAGGCGGCCAAUGGAACCCGAGCGGCCUCGACCUCGUCGCUGCUGGAGCCGGGAGAUGCGGCCACCGCCUCCUCGCACCCGCCAGGGGGAUUCGGCUUCUCCUCCUAUAACCGGGGUGUCUUCCAGCCUGGCCCCAGCCUGGACUACCAGCCUCCCGGUGAGGCCUACAACUCCUACCCGGCCUACCCGAAUCGGGCCUAUCAGCCUCGCCCGACUGCUUCCACAGGCAAGCCCCCGGCUCCGGCCUAUCCCCCUCCGCCGCCGCGGUUUGGACCCGCGCAGCCGGCAGCCGCCACCCCGACCCUGAACCAGCUGCUGACAGCGCCCAGUCCCGGGCGUGGGUUCCCGGCCUACCCCGGGGGAGACUACUCGGAGCAGCACAAAGGACCUGAGGGCUGGGCGGCAAGUCAGAGAGGGGUACACCCGCCCGGGAGCCCCGAGAGCAGCGGGCAGGGCAUGCCCAGAUCAUCGCAGCCUGCCAGUCCCAUGGAUCAAAUGGGGAAAAUGAGACCGCAACCAUGUGGCGCCAAUAAUCCAUACAGCCAGCAGCCAGGCCCUCAGCAAGGACAUUCUGGGUACCCAGUGCAGCCUUAUUCUUCACAGACUCCUCAGAGAUACCCAAUAGCCAUGCAAGGGCGACCUCAAGGGGCAAUGAGUAUGCAGUAUGGACAACAGAAGUCUAGCUCCUCCACCACUACAAAUGAAAAGAUCACAAAACUGUAUGAAUUAGGGUGUGAACCAGAGAGAAAGAUGUGGGUAGACCGUUACCUGUCAUUCACAGAAGAGAAAGCAAUGGGUAUGACCAACCUACCAGCAGUGGGCAGAAAACCCCUAGACUUGUAUCGUCUUUACAUGUCUGUCAAGGAUAUUGGAGGACUUACCCAGGUUAAUAAGAACAAGAAAUGGAGAGAGCUUGCAACAAACUUAAAUGUGGGUACAUCAAGCAGCGUAGCUAGCUCACUAAAGAAGCAGUAUAUACAGUGUCUGUAUGCAUUUGAGUGCAAAAUUGAAAGGGGAGAAGAUCCACCACCAGAUAUCUUUGCCUCUGCUGAAGCAAAGAAACAGGCAAAGAUUCAGCCACCAUCACCGGCUGGUUCAGUUUCCAUGCAGGGACCACAGACUCCACAGUCCACAAUCGGCUUCAUGUCAGAAGGAGGGGAUCUGAAGCCCCCUAUCCCAGCAUCCACCCCACACAGCCAAAUGCCUGGCAUGAGGAAUAACUCUGUGGGUCUCCAGAAUGCAUAUGAUGGCUCAGAUUCUUCUUAUCAGAAACGAAACUCCAUGCCCCCUAAUCCUGGGUACCAGGCAGAUAUUAUGGGUAGGAUGCCCUAUGAGACAAGCAAGGACCCUUAUGGAGACAUGAGAAAAGGACUUGUUCAUGAAGCAAUGCCACGACCCCAUUCUGUGGCUGUUCCCCGUGGCCGGGUAUCCUCCCCAACCCGUCUCCCCCCUCCACAUCAUAGCUACCCACCACAGACUUCAAGCCUUCCAAGUUCAAGGUGGAGGAGCCCUCCAGAAGAUAUUACCUUUAUUUCAGGGUCUGCUGAGACCCCACCAGAGGAGCGCCCGUGCUGUCCUCCCCUCUCUCGUGCAUGGGCCACUUACAAAGCUGUGCUGUGCUAUGUGGUGUCCUGCAGCCGCUGUCCGCAGAAGGAUCCCGAGGUGUACCUCCCCUGUUCUGUAGAAGGCUCAGACUGUCCACCCAUGAAUGGCCAUCCUGCCAGUAGUCCCGGUGCCCCCCGUGUGGGUGAGCGAAGAAAAAAAACAGGCCUGGGUAACAGUUUUAGUUACCCAGACCUUAAACUUAUGGGAGUACCUGUGUACAAUAAACAAGCUGCUGCCACAGAUCUAGAAAUUGUAAAAGAGCCCCCUGCUCCCAAUCCACCUCCAGCACCCCGCAGUUCUGCCGGGGAUUACUACUCAUUACGGGAGUCUGAUCCUGAGUUGUCACGGUUGAGCGGCUCCAUGUCCAGCGCAGAAAUUGAUGUACUCAUCUGGCACAAGUUAACAGAAUUAUUUAGUCUCCAUCAGAUUGACGAACUGGCAAGAUGCACUUCAGAAACUGUGUUCCUAGAGAAGACUAGCAAAAUAACAGAAUUAAUCAGCAGCCUGACACAGGACUACCAACUGGAAGAGCAAGAUGCAGAGUGUCGUCUAGUUCGGGGCAUCAUCCGCAUUAGCACACGUAAGGUCAGAACACGCGGAUUCUCCGGCCGUAAUGGAGAGAAGGGAGGUGGAAGUCAACAGCAUAACAGCCGGAAUGGUGGCAAGGCUCCAGACAGUGGCAAUGAGAGCAUGCAGGAAUCUGGACUCACCAGCCAGGAUGAUCUGGAUGUGAAGAUUUCACAAGAGACGACAUCCGAUCUUAUAGCGCGAAACAUGAGGAGAUACAGUGCACCAGGGUCUCCUUUCCUGAAAGAUGAUUCCCUGCCUGAUACGGAGACAGAUUCAUCUGGCACACCUCUACUGAAGGUUUACUGCUGACGCUGUGGACUGGUUUCUGCAGGGUACACUGAUCACUGGGUGAUGAGGAUUGUGCCAAGGAAUUUUUGUGGAAUAAGUGUGUGCAUCACAGCACAUUGCUUCUUGGUUUUUAAAGGUGGUUUGUGGAUUAGAGACUAUUUAUAAUGCGUAAGACAUUUAUUUUUCAGCCAUGCCACGAUUUGAUGUUUCUUUAUAAAAUGAAAGAGAUAUUCUUUUGGUUUUUCAGACUAUGGGGUCAACAACAUCUUAAACAGUGAGAGUUAUUCACUCACUCUGACAUUUUUUCUUAAGACACUUUUGUACUCUCAAUGCGUUGUUGCUUUCUACUCCGAUGUUACAUGAAGACAACACGUCACCAUUUGAAACUUGUGAAUGAUCUAUAUGUGUAUAUAAUGAUAUAAAUAUGUAAUUAGUAAAA